AAAAAAAAACACGCAUAGCCGAAAGCCGAAACCUCCCGGUGCCGGCGGCGUCUCAUCCUCAACGCACAUCCCCUCUCUCUGCUGCACUCCUCUUCCCUUGUACCCGCCGGUCUCCUCUUCCUCGAACACGGCCGCCCCGGCUCCGUGUCCUCGACCACGACACCUCCACCGACGCCGUGCGAAUCCCCAUGGCCAUGUCACCUGGAGCGUCGUGUUCCGGCGUUCCUGUACCACCCCGGCCGGCCGGAACCCACACAUUCCUCCUGCCGUCGGCUCCCCCGUUCGUCUCAAAGUGCACCAUCAAUCGAAGAGAUCCUCGGACGCCCUCUUCUUGUUUGGGUAAAGCAAUAACGCCAAAGCGCUGCUUUGUCGUGGCUGGCGGACUUACUUGGGUUGAUGGGGUUGAAGAAGAGCUGAUGGAGCUACAAAAGACACAAGAGGAAAGCUCAGUGAAGUUAAAGAAGAGGCCGCCUUUGAGGCGUGGAAAGGUCUAUCCCCAACUUCCUGUACCAGAACACAUUCCAAGACCUUCUUAUGUGGGUGCAAACAUACCGCAAGAACUACCCGCAGUGCGCCAAAUACACAACGCAGAAGGUAUCACUGGGAUGAGAGCUGCUUGCAAACUUGCUGCCCGUGUACUGGACUUUGCGGGAACAUUGGUUAAGCCAUCAGUUACUACAAAUGAAAUCGACAGGGCGGUGCAUCAUAUGAUAGUUGAGGCGGGUGCUUAUCCUUCUCCACUUGGCUAUGGUGGAUUUCCUAAAAGUAUCUGCACAUCAGUAAAUGAGUGUGUCUGCCAUGGACUACCUGAUUCAACACAGCUGCAGAAUGGAGACAUCAUAAAUAUUGAUGUAAAUGUGUUCCUAAAUGGGUACCAUGGCGGAACUUCCAGAACAUUUGUAUGCGGAGAAGCGGAUGAAUCUAUCAAGCAUUUCCUAAAGGCAGCUGAAGAAUGCUUGGAGAAGGGUAUUUCUGUCUGCAGGGACGGUGUAAACUACAGAAAAAUCGGCAAGAAAAUAAGUAAGCUUGCUUAUUUCUACGGCUAUCAUGUGGUGGAGCGCUUUGUUGGACAUGGAAUUGGAACUAUGUUGCAUUCUGAGCCACUUAUCCUCCAUCAUGCAAAUGAAAACUCCGGUCGAAUGAUUGAAGGUCAAACAUUCACAAUUGAACCUAUACUUACAAUGGACAAAGCAGAGUGUGUUACAUGGGAAAAUGGAUGGACUACUGUCACGGCUGAUGGCAGCUGGGCAGCACAGUUUGAGCACACUGUAUUGGUCACUAGGACGGGCGUAGAGAUAUUGACGAAACUUUGAGUUCAUUCCUUGCUAUUGUAGUAAGAAGUUGUUGAGCCAUCUACUUUCAGAAUGAGGUGGUUCAUAAAGCAGCCCCAGCAGCUGGCCAAGCACCCGAAUCUCCACAACAACAACUUGCGUAUGUUUUUCUUCUUUUCUUACUGUCAUUCUCAACCACGAUAUCUAAAACUAGUUAUGGCGCAUUCUAUUGCUGCCCAUAAAUACAGUAUCCAUUUCCUAACUUUGAGAUCGGAUGCAGAUCCACAUGUGGGAAGCCUCCCCUUUAUGUAGCAACCGGCCAGGGGAUAAAUGUGGGGACAUAAUAUUGCAUUGCUUGUGAUCCCAUUGUUGGGAGUGGUCGUGUGUCUCGACAAUUCACCAUGGAUGUAGUUUUUCCCCAGAUGUUUAUAUGUGGUAGUUUAGUUUGUUUGAAGUAGAUGCGGCAUGGAUUCAGAAACGACAUGGAAAAUUUCUUCAAGUUGCAUGUCAGUGUUUGUCCCUGGUUUAAUCAAAAGAACAAUUUCUAGUUUA